UAACUUCAGUGUCGAACGCGGAUUUCAGACGUGCGGUGGCCGAGAAAGAGAAGAAGAAGUAAUUUGUACCGAGAAACUAAAGCUUGCAACACACCAAAAACACACACACGUACACGGCACACCACACACACACUACCUUUGGAGCUGAAAUCGAACGCCAAGAACACUGAGCAUAACGUUUGAGGAAAGUGAUACGAGCUGCUACCUGGAGUUGGAGUUUGAUUCAUUGAUCGACGAACCGAAGCAAUGCGUCUCGACACGAACUCAAAUGUGGACUUUAAAGCAUUCGAAUCCAGCUCAAGCUCAUGUCCCAUCAAAUUGGAUAAUCUGGCAACCUGGGGUGGUUCACAGAAAACAGACACACGGCUGCCGAUCACGGACUACUCCAAUCUGGGCGGACCCCGGCACAAUCGAAGUCCCUUUCCACUGUGCAAAGAGGUCAACAAUCGCUUUGUAAUCUGGGAUGGUGACAUGACCACUCUGGAUGUGGACGCCAUCACAAACACCAGCGAUGAGACUCUGACUGAAAGCAAUAGCAUAUCGGAGCGCAUCUUCGCAGUGGCUGGUAACCAGCUGCGCGAGGAGCUGAGCACCACGGUUAAAGAAUGCCGCACUGGGGAUGUGCGCAUCACGCGUGGAUACAAUCUGCCCGCCAAGUACGUGCUGCACACAGUGGCACCUGCCUACAGGGAAAAGUUCAAGACGGCCGCCGAGAACACGCUGCACUGCUGCUACAGAAACGUCCUGUGCAAGGCGAAGGAACUGAACCUGCACACCAUCGCCUUGUGCAACAUCAGUGCCCACCAGAAAAGCUUUCCCGCGGAUGUGGCAGCCCACAUUGCCCUGCGUACCAUCCGUCGCUAUCUGGACAAGUGCACCCUCCAGGUUGUGAUAUUGUGCGUGGGCAGUAGCGAGCGCGGCACCUACGAGGUUCUGGCCCCACUGUACUUCCCCAGGGAUCAGCUGGAGGAGCGCAGUGCCCUGUGGCAGCUGCCCAAGGACAUUGGCGGCGAGUUUGGGGAGCCGCAACAUCCGGAUCCCGAUCGCCAGAUACGGAUCAUCCGCAAUCCGCAGCACAGUGUCCACAUGCGUCACCGUUUAGCCGACGACGAUUCAGACGUGAGUCCACACGACAUGGAGGGCAAUAGCUCAGAUCUGGAGUACGGAGCACGGGAUAUGAACGGUCUCAGCCUGAACUCGUACAGCAGCGGAUUGCAGGCUCAGCUGCAGCGCGAUCUGGACCGGCAGCACCUGCUCAGCGAUCGCCCACGCACUGGAGUUUACGAGAAUGUCAUUUCCGAGGGAGUCGAGGGCAUUGAGCACCAGGAGAGAUACGAGCGCCUCCUACGUCGCGCCCAAGUCGAGGACUUGACGGAGGUGUCCGGCAUCGGCUGCCUUUACCAGAGCGGCGUGGACCGCCUGGGUCGGCCUGUGAUUGUGUUCUGCGGCAAAUGGUUCCCCGCCCAGAACAUUGACCUGGAAAAGGCCUUGCUAUAUCUGAUUAAGCUACUGGAUCCCAUCGUUAAAGGAGACUAUGUGAUCUCGUACUUCCACACGCUGACAUCCACGAACAACUAUCCAUCGCUGCACUGGCUGCGUGAGGUGUACAGUGUGUUGCCUUACAAGUACAAGAAGAAUCUGAAGGCCUUCUACAUCGUGCAUCCCACUUUCUGGACUAAGAUGAUGACCUGGUGGUUCACCACGUUCAUGGCGCCGGCCAUCAAGGCCAAAGUGCACUCGCUUCCGGGUGUGGAGCACCUGUACUCGGCCAUCACAAAGGAUCAGCUGGAAAUUCCCGCCUACAUCACCGAGUACGACAUGGCGACCAAUGGCCUGCAUUACUUCAAUCCUGUGCCGACUGCCUCGUAGAUGGCGGCCAUCGUUGCUGUCUAGGACAGCUGGCAGCCACCAUAGCUUAUAGAUACAUAUAUAUAUAUAAAUCACAGAUACAUUUGUGAAGUUUUUAUAGAUUUUAUAGAACAUAUUUUAUUUUCGUGAUAAGUAAUAUUUGUUUACUUGCGCAUAACUUUCGAUGUUGUCGUUUAUCGAUUGACUUGCCGCAAGUUUUGUUGAACAUUGUGUAGCAUACUUUUAUGGGAGGUUCCGAGUCGCCCGGUAGCCCAAAACCAAUUAGCUAAAAUAUAAAUCGGCAGCCCCAAAAACGA